AUGAAUCCCGUAGUGGAAGCGUUUGCCUUCUUCCUGGGCUUUCUGGGAUGGCUGAUGGUCGGGAUCGCCCUUCCGAAUCGCUACUGGAGAGUGUCGACGGUGGACGGUAACGUUAUCACCACGUCCACCAUCUACGAGAAUCUCUGGAUGUCCUGCGCCACCGACUCGACGGGAGUUCACAACUGCCGCGAUUUUCCGUCGUUGCUCGCACUAAGCGGGUACUUACAAGCCUCUCGAGCACUAAUGAUUGCCGCAAUUGUGUUCGGGACGUUGGGGCUCGUGGGAACUCUGGUUGGAAUGCAGUGCUCGAAGAUCGGAGGAGACAACUACUUUCUGAAGGGGAGGAUUGCCGCAAUUGGAGGGGUGUUCUUCCUGCUACAGGGCAUGUGCACCAUGAUUGCUGUGUCUUGGUAUGCAGCCAACAUCACACAGGAGUUCUUUGACCAGUUCUACGCAGGGACAAAGUACGAGAUCGGAGAAGGUUUGUACAUCGGCUGGUCCUCGGCCGUACUCGCCCUGUGUGGAGGCGGAUGUCUGAUAUGCGCGUGCAGUUUUCAUGAGCCAGGUGAAAAAAGGCCUUAUCCAUACCAGCCGUCCUCCAGGGGACGCGCGCUGUCCACUACAUCCCGGUCUGCCCCCAGCAACUACGGAAGAAAUGCGUACGUGUGACAAGUUACCGGCAAGCAAGGAGAGUUGAACUCAAAACCGCACUUUCAACAGGAAGACGUGAUCAAAUAUUGAAAGUCGCAGCUGAAUCGGAAACUUUUUGGGUUUUUUCCCCUUUAACUCCUUUUGAACUAUAACUUGUAACAUUUAUGCAUUGUGAUCUUUAUUCCAAUAUAGUACUGUAUGUAUAACAGGACAAUAGAGCAGUAAAGAUAACAGUAUCUUUAGAGCAAUGACAACAUGAUCAGUGCUUGAAUACAAAGACUUUUGUGCAUUAGCAACAUUAUUGAAACAAUAGCGAGAUGCAGUUAGAAAUAGCUGUUGUCCCACCCAGCAAGUGAUUUUGCUAAGACAUGAUCAGGAUCAUAACAAAAUCAUUAACUUUGUAGUUUUUUUUUUUUUUUUAAAGUAGAAAGGGUGUGAGGUCAUGACAUAUUUUACAAUCCAUCUCUUCCAGCUGUUGUGAUAGGAUAUAUAUAUCCUGCCUUAAUGCAUGUUAUCCCAACAACGCUAACAUAACAAGGCUCCGCCCCCCAAACGACAACAACAAUUAGAAUCAUUGUGAAUUUUAUGUAUUUGGGAAAACAUAUUUAUGGCAUAUCGCUUUCAUGUGGGGGAAUACA